AUGUUCUAUUUGAUUGUUCAUUUACUGAUAUCAGUAGUGUUUUCUAGUGAAAUUAUCGUAGAAGAAAACCGAUACAGUGAUUAUUUCAAAUGUUACAAGGAUAAUAUCAAGAAAUUUCAUGAAACCAAGGAUAAAUUCAACUUUGAUAUCAACACAAUUACAAUUACAGAAUACAACAUCCUCAAGGAUGAUUUAAAAGCACAAUUUGUGUUCUUCGAUGCCAGCAAAAAAGAACUCUUGAUAAAAUUGAAGUGCAAAAUGAGACAUUUGCCUGGAAAAAUCAAUAGUCUUGAAAAAGGUUCUACCAGUUCCUUUUUGCAUGUCAAGAAUAGGAUCAGAAUCAAAUUGUACAUUACGGCAUAUGAUUGCCUAAAUUUGCUCUUAAAAACUGAUGAGAUAUUAACAGAAUGUGUAAUAUUACAAGAGCAUACUAAACUAAUACAUAAUCCAAUGAUUGUUUUCAAUCAAAAUGAGGUUGUAGCAAUUGAUGAUGAACUCUGCAGAAUAAAGGCAAGUCUGAACAUGGCAUUAUCACGUUCUAUGCAUAUGGCAAAGAGGUAUUAUGAUCUUAGAGAUUCAAUAAUCAGAAUUCAAGAAAUCAUUGCAUCUAUCGAGAAUUCCAGCUGCAUCAGUGACUAA